AUGUUGUCUGCAAUGACCUGUACCGCUGGCUCCGGUGUAGCCCUUGCGGCCGUCCUCCUCUGCUGCAUUGCCAUGACUGCUGUCAACGCUUCGAUCGUGUCCGACGUCUCGAAGCAGUUCGUUCACGGCAGCGCCAACCAGGUCUACACUGAGGCCCUCAUCAUCGUCAACAACAGGGAAAGGAACGGCGUGUGGACCCUGCUCGGCACCGAUGUGGUGGGCGCAUCAGCGCUGACUCAAUUCCCCCUGUCCUUUGGUGUUGGCGGCGUUGUAUGUCACAUUGGACCGACCAAGGCCAACCAGCCCAGCGACAGGUGGAGCGCCGCCUUCAGGUUCCUCACUGCCACCAACGGCGAAGUCUACUUGAAGUUGGACUACGACAACAGCAGGUCAUCGCCCAUGUUCAUCAGCACCAAGACUCGCUUCGAGAACACGACUGAGACCUUCAGUGGUUACAACGCGUCGGGCGGCAAGGGUUUCCUCUUCUCCUGGGACUACAUCCCCAACUAA